UCUCAUUCCUUUUCUCUCUCCGACAGUGGCUCGUGUUCCCAUGCUGCUCCGCGGAACGAGUACCAGUGGGAAGAAACUGCUUGAGGCAGAGGGUCCGCACGGGUGGCAAGUUACACAGCCGGACUUACCUUGUCUCGAACUGUGAGAGGGGACGGAGAGCGGCGGCGGCCGACUCGGAGUCGGACGCAAGGACAGCAAUGCGUUGGCAUCAUGGCCAAAUGGCUCAAGGAACACCUGGGCUUCAAGAGCGCCAAGCCACCUCCUCCAGCUCCCCCUAAACCGGACUACCGACAGUGUCACCUAGGAGGGGGUAGUGGCCCCACGUUGUACCACCCGCCGGGGGGCGCCACUGGACAGCCCGAUAUUCUGACCGCUUACAAACUUCAGAAGGAGCGUGACUUUGAGGACCCUUAUACGGGGACUGGUGGCAGUAGCAGCAGCGGUUCGGGCUCUUCACCGGACGUUCGGUAUAUCUCACCCAAGCAUAGCAAACACCGUCUUAUCAAGGUUGAAGCUGCCGUGGUGGUGGCAGCGGCGGCUGACAAGAGUGGCCCGAGCACCGCAGGAGCGGCAGUGGUGGGGAGUCUGACCGGCGGUACUUCUCCUGGCGGCACCGUCCCUGGGAUAGGGAGCAAGUCCCCGGGCUCCUCGCCACCGGCCUCCGCCGAGGAGAGUAAACAGGAGAAGGUAGUUAUUGUUGAAGACUAUGCAGAUCCAUUUGAUGCUAAGCAGACUGCAGGGCUCCAAGCAGGGCAGGAAAAAGUGACAGAAAAUGAUGGCUACAUGGAGCCAUAUGAAGCCCAGAUGAUGAUGGCCGAAAUCCGGAGAAGAGGCUCAAAGGACCAUUCUUCUAAACCACUGCACCUGUAUGACACCCCAUAUGAGCCAGUAGAAAAUGGAGUGGACUCUGAUACUGAGAAACCUAACUGUCCGCGACCAAGGGAGAGUCGUCUUCCAGAAGAUGACGAAAGACCUCCUGAAGAGUAUGAUCAACCUUGGGAGUGGAAAAAGGAUAGAAUCUCAAAAGCUUUUGCAGUUGAAAUUAAGGUGAUAAAAGAUCUACCCUGGCCCCCUCCAGUGGGACAACUUGACAGCAGUCCAUCAAAUUCUGAAGAUAAUGUCCCCGGUCCACCCUGUCUUCCUCAGCAACAUCAUCAUGUAUACUCUCAGCACAACCAGUACAACACAGAAGACACCAGUGAUGGUCUGGAAAAGAAAUCUGAAGACGACAGUACAGGCAGUUCUGUGCAAUACGAUAACACUGAAAAAACACGAUUAUCCCCAUCCAAAGAAGAAAAAGUCUGUCAUCCACAUAGACAGUCGAGUGGGAAUAUAAAGUCACUCAAACAUCAAAGUUCAGAGCACAGCAAUGCAGUAGGUGAAAGAAUUGACCCAGCUGUGCCUUUGGAAAAUCAGUUUUGGUAUCAUGGUGCAAUCAGUAGGACGGAUGCAGAAAAUCUUUUGAGGUUGUGUAAAGAAGCCAGCUACUUAGUCCGAAAUAGUGAAACAAGCAAGAAUGACUACUCCUUGUCACUGAAGAGUAACCAAGGUUUCAUGCACAUGAAAUUGUCUCGAACCAAAGAAAGCAAGUAUGUCCUAGGACAGAACAGCCCACCAUUUGACAGUGUGCCAGAGAUAAUUAAUUACUAUGCCAGUCGAAAACUGCCAAUUAAAGGGGCUGAACAUAUGUCUCUGCUGUAUCCAGUGGCUAUUAGAACAUUGUAAUACAUCUGCUGCCAUUGAGUUGCAUAGAUUUACCUACAGUGGAAUUGCAGACCAAACUGGAUCUAGUACCUGGCAGAACUUGAUUUCUUGUCUUCUUUGUUUCCUGUCAGGAGCAUCUGCAGUGGACCAGAGUUGCCUUGUUUCAAAAUUUUCAAAGAUUUUAUUUUAAUUUAUUGCAUUCUGCAUUGUGUGGAUGAUGACAUGAGUAGAGGCCCGAAGGCUAGGACAGUCCGAAUGAGGACACUUACAAACUAUUUGCUGCAUUCCUUACCUAACAGCUUGAGAGAAAGGUGCCAUGAGCUUGUCCUGGACAUACCAGCUAUCAUAGGAUGAUUGUGCUAUGCAUUGGCUUAUGCCAUUUCCUCCAGUUUCGGGUCCCCUACUGAAUUUACACUAAAACAAGUGACCCAAAAAUAUUGAAUGACUGCAAGAGGUUAAACUAAAUAUAUUUAAAGAGCUUUUGAUUGUAUUGGUACGGCUUUGAAAAAAAUAUAUGCUAUUCAAGCUUG